AUGAGGCCGGAAGGGCGCCACCACCUGGUUGACAUCCACGGCCUGGCGGUGUUCCUGAGGCGAUCCACCCGGUGCCUUUCAUGCCGCGCCGCCUUCUGCCUCUACGUCACCGGCAAGAUAUCGGCCCAGCUGGCGGCGGUCACGCAGGUUAAGAUCACGUGUCAGAAAUGCAACUACACCACCUCCCAGACGCUCUCCAAGCCUGCCGGUGCCCCAGACAGCCCCAGCCCCCCAGCCCAGCACCCCGACACAACCACCACCACCACCAGUACCCCCCCUACGCCCCCGGACACCAGCACAUCCCCAGUCCGCCCUCCACCUCCCCAUUGCCCGGGCAAACCACGCCACCAGACGGUCAUUAGACUACUGAAGGAGGAGAAUUUGACGAAGAAGGAGGCGCAGAAGAAGACACUAUCCAUGCCUGGCCUUCUCCCCCUGCAGCCCAUAGAGAAGGUGUGGGGAGUUUCCAGCAGCGCCGUCACCACCACCACCACCCCUGCCACUAGCCGCGUGUCGCCCCCCCAGCCUGCAGCCCUGCACCGCCCCCCUCAGCCCCCUCGCCAAGCCCCACGAGGCACCUGA